UGUGGGUGUGUGGGUGUGUGUGUGUGUGACAUCCUUCAUGUGCCUGACGACAUAUUGUGGUUUCAUUUUCCAGGAUUGCAACAGAAGUAACUGAGCGCUCAGAAGUUUCAGAGUAUCCAUUAACUUUAAAAAAAAAAAAAGAAAGAAAGCAGCAUUACUACUUUGUCACAGCCUCCAAAGCGGACAUCCAGGAAGCACCUUCAUUCAUCCAGAGGAGCAUUCCCACACAGCACACGUGACUGAGCCUGAGCCUGACACUGACACAGCCACAGACACAGCGCUAUGGGGAUCCUGUAUUCAGAGCCCAUUUGCCAAGCAGCUUACAAUGGUGAACUCCACCAGGUGUACCAACAGCUCAAGGCUGAUGCCAAGAAUUUAAACGUUCAAGAUGAAUUAUUUGGAGACACACCACUCAUAGCUGCCUGUAAGGGUGGAAACGUCAGCAUCGUCAAAUACCUUUUAGAUCAAAAAGCUGAUAUAUCCAUAAGAAACAAGAAACAAAGGACUUGCCUGCACUAUGUUGCAAAAAGGACAUUUUCCUUCUUGGAUUACCUCAUGAUUAUUAUUCUCAUGCCCAUCCUGUUGAUUGGGUUUCUUAUAUUGAACAAGAAACAGAAACAGCAUGUGGAGAUGCUGGAAAUGGUGUUAAACAGUAAAGCAGACGUUAAUGCUGUGGACUAUAAAGGCAACACUGCACUUCACUAUGCUUGCCAGUGUAAAAGUCACCAACUUGUCCCACUGUUAGUGGAGGCGAAUGCAGAUAUUUUGAUACAAAACAAGGAUGGUGAAACACCACUGGAUAUUGCAAUCAGACUAAAAUUCAAGACAAUUGUAGCAAUGCUGGAAAAAUCAAAAUGACAGCAUUGCCUAUUUGGGUGCAAAAGGAUCGUUUUGAUACUGUGUACAGCUGUGAUAUGAAAUGGUCUACAAUGAAAAGCUGUACUUAGGUCAAUAAACCAGCAUUCACAAGAACUCUUAACAUUAAAACAUGACUGCACAUGCUAAUUAUCAUUUUCUCAUUUGAACACUUAAGGGACACAGACGUACAUUUUCUGUUUAGAUUUUGGGGGAAAUAGUAAAAUUUUAUACUACUACUUAACAGUAUUAGGUAUAGAAUGUUACACAGGGUCAUAAGGAAAAGACUGAAUGUAUUCUUCAGGUUUAAAAUGUUUAGUGUUACUGAUGUUUUGUGUUUAAUGUGUCAGAGUUGACAAUAUUUUUUUCACUAUGGUGGCAAUUCAUGUGAAAUGUUCUAAAAAUGGUUAAACCCCAUUUUUGUACAUGUGCCAUGUAUUUCAAAUUGGAUUCUAAAUAUAUGUGUAAUAAACAUUAAAAGCU